AUGCUUUCAUCUGCCGAAGCAUUACAACAUACUCUGCCAGUACCUUCAUCUUCUGCAGCACCAACUAGCACGUCACAUUCGACUCGAAAAACGUUGUCCAAGUUGUUGGAAAAAGUCGGAUCACUCGAGAGUCGUGUUGGAGCUCUUGUCCAGAUUGCUGAUUCAAAGAAUGGUAUCUCCAAUGCACAGCUACCAAAGCAGCAACCACCUAUUCAGCCCAGUACAUUCGUGAAAUCACCAACUGAGUUGGAAUUGGCUAGAAAAUCCAUGCCUAGUCACGACUCUCCAAGUAUUUUAGAUAAAUACUCGGAUAGCGUUAAUAGUAGUAAUUCACUGCAUGUUCAACAUGAGCAGUUGCAACACGCCAAGACUUCUGUCGACAUGCUUUCCUAUUCACACUCUUCACUGACUGAAUCCAAGCCAUUGAGUCACGCUUCACUAUCUUCUAAUCAGCAGCAUCUAAAUUGCUCACAAUCGCAAGCUUUUCAACCCGAAAAACUACUUUCAAAUUCCCAAGAGCAGUCACAAAAUCAACUUGAAUCUAAACCUCAAGUAUAUUCUUCAUUGGAAGCUUUAUUUCAACAGCAAACACAACCUGCAUAUCAAGAAAAAAUACCAUGCCAAGAGCAGCAAGAUUCAUUUACUCCUGCUUCUAUCCCAUUCGUGCAACACGACAUACGUCAGAUGCAGCAAGAAGAUGCAUAUCAUGACAGUGUUCAAUCCUCACUGCAUCAUCAAAAAUCUCAUUACUAUACCCCUAAACAAGGUCCGCUUCAGCAACAAUCGCCUGCAUUCACGCAUCUAAGCUCCAGCACAAGUUAUAGUGCCCAAUUAGAUACCUCAACCAACCAACAAAAAAAGGUAGGUUUAACUACAGUGGCUGCUUCAUCCCUGUACAUGUCACCUUUAGAUUUCCUAACAGAGGCAUCGACUACUUCACAAAUCACUGCCGUGGAAGAAUUCCAGUCACCUCAGCAUGUGACUUCUAUCACACCUGUUAGUGGAAUUAUGCCAUCGUCCAUGGCAGAUCAUACUAAUAACACACCAUUGAUGCCAAAUAUAUCAGCAUCAAACAUUUUGCAGCUCGGUGUAAGUGCGACCAGCAGUAUACUACGCGAAAUGAAUGGCGAGUCCAGCAGUUCUAAUUUACACAAUAGUUUAAAUCAUGGCAUUGCUUCGUUUGAAUUUAAUAUUUCUCCAAGUCCCACUACCCAGCAAAUCAAAAACAAUAUUGCUGUAUCUAAAAACAAUAUAUCAGCUAGGAAAGAAAAAUAUGCUUCUGCUACCACAAGCAAGCCUAUUCACGAUCUUUCGCUCAAUUCCAGCCAACCUCUCCUUUCACAUUCUAUGCCAACUUUUUCAAUACUAGAUCAAAUUGUCAAUUCCACACCACUGCAGAGUUCGUUCACCACGCUUUGUCACACACCCAGUCUGUUUUCUCAGACUGAGCCGCUGCUUGCUUUAAUGAAAGCAUCAUCUCCUCAACCUGCGCAUGCUUCUACCACUACUCCUCACACUCAACCCAUUAAACAAAUGGCCAUAGAAAACAUGUUUACCAAGCCCUACUGCGUGCCUGCAGAUAUAAGCACGUCUAAACUGAUUUCUGUGUUUUUCAAACACAUGUGGCCAGAAUUUCCUUUAUUGACACAGGACCAAUUCUUGGCAAGUGAUAUGGUCAACUCAGAGUUGCUAAUGCUGUCAAUAUACUGCAAUGCUUCCAAAUAUAUCGAUCCACCCAAUGAAGACCCAAAUGGAGAUCCAGCUACGUUUGUUUCUCGUGUAAAUGCAGGCGACAAAUACUAUUACAAGGCGAUUCCUUUACUAGGAAAGGCUAUUAUGCAGACUCCAUCAUACGAACUCAUUCUAGCCAUGAUGUAUUUAUCUUCAUAUGCGGCAGCAUCAGGUCUGUUUACCGGUGGAUGUGUUUUGUUUGCGUCAGCAGUUCGAUACGCACAACUCAUUGGGCUGGAUAAUGAGCGCCAAAAUUCAGAAUCAUUUAAAUGGUCUACAGAAGAGCGCGAGUUUCGGCGGCGGAUAUGGUGGACGAUUUACGAAUUAGAUCGAUAUUCAUCCCAGUCUGGCCACAUGCCUAUGCUGAUUACAAAUUCCACACCAUUGAACACACCUUUUCCUUCGCCAGAUAAACUAGUGCAUUUGGUUACCCCAGCUACUUCAGGGUCAUAUGGCACUACUUUGAAUACCUACACCCAUCAACCCAGCAGAAUAUCAGAAGUAUCGGCACAAUCCGUUAUUUCAUUCGAUUCGGGUCCCAUUUUCCCCAGCAUUUCAUCGUACCGUUUAUCCGUCAUGGUUAUUUCUACCAAAGUGUACCAUUUGAUUAUGAACGAGAAUGACGCAGCUUGUGAUUCAAUGAUGCUUUACGAUACGAAUGUAUUUGCUGAACGUCGAUCAAGCAUUUCAAAAGAGCUGAUGUUGUUUAGACAGACACUACCGGAUUGGAUUAUAAACGUUCAAGAUUAUGCUAGCUACACGAAUAAUGCCACAGUAGGAAAUCUUCGACUUCCUUGUGGUGUUUCUAUGGGUAGCACCACAUCGGUACAACUCGCAGGUGCGACAGUGUGGGCAUUUUACCAUCACACGUACAUUUCACUCUUUAUGUCAAAUUUCUAUUCCAUGUACGAGCUUGGCUUGUUUGAUAAGAUUCACAAGGACGCAACCUUUGCUUCCUCACUUGAAGCCGCAUUAGAAGUCUAUGAAAUCACUCGAUGGUUGAUGCGUGUUAGCAUGCAUCUUUCUGAUCCUCCGCCUUCGCUCUGUAAAGCCAUUGCAUCAUCAGCCUGUGUCAUUCACCUAGCACAUACAAUUGGAUUUAUGGGUAUUACAAGCGAUAUGCGCAACGAGGUGUUGACAGUGUUUGAAGCAAGGUUGAAAACUAUGAUGAGAUUUUGGGUUUGGCCUGGACAAGCUUUACAAAUUGUGAUGGCGAUUCGACACAAUACGUUUGAGAUGAAUUCUCGCACAUUGGUUUGGGUUUGA